AUGUCACAUAUAAGGACCAUCUUUCGGUGUUGGUCUAAGCAAAUACGCUUGUACUCGAAAGUUCCCAAUAGCCUCUGGAUACAGGGCAAAGAAUAUCCUACCAAUGCUUCUAUCACCAAUGUUACAUCUCACAUAUUGGAACUCAGUACUCGCCCACUUCAUCAACAAAAAUCGCACCCAAUCGGUAUACUUCGAAAACUAAUCGAAGAUAAACUCAAUUCUACAGAUAAUGCAUACCAGGUUUACAACGAUUUCAAGCCCGUCGUCACCGUUGAAGAAAACUUCGAUUCUCUCGGUUUCCCCAAAGAUCACCCGGGUCGGUCGAAAAGCGACACUUACUAUGUUAAUGACCAGAAUUUGUUUCGAACCCAUACUUCUGCGCAUGAAAUGGAAUGUUUUGGCAACAUGCAAAGGUUUGCAACCGAAUGGUCUCGCAAUGGUACCGAAAAGCCGGGAUUUCUCAUAUCUGCCGAUGUGUAUCGCCGAGACGAGAUCGACAGAACUCACUAUCCAGUUUUCCAUCAGAUGGAAGGCGCACGCGUGUGGAAACGGUCGGAGACCGGAACUUCUGAAAUUCGAGGUGAUUUGAAGAAAUUGGAAUUGCAGCUGGCCGCAGAGAGCACACAACUGAUUGUAGAGGACGAUAAUUCUCUAGAUGGAAAUCCAAAGCAAGACUACAUGACAGAUUUGGAAGUUGAUCUGUGUUCUAAGCAUCUCAAGAGGAGCGUGGAGCUUGUCGUGGCCCAAGUUUUCAACAAAAAACUACAAAGCUUGGGCCAUGCCGGAGAGAAAACGCUCAAAGUUCGCUGGAUCAAGGCGUAUUUCCCCUGGACAGCUCCUUCUUGGGAAAUCGAGGUAUGGUGGCAAGGAGAUUGGCUUGAAGUGUGUGGCUGCGGUUUAGUUCGCGAGCAAGUGUUACAAAAUGCUAGUUUUGAAAAAGAUUCUGCAGUUGGUUGGGCAUUUGGUCUGGGGCUCGAUCGUAUUGCUAUGCUUCUAUUCGAGAUUCCUGACAUUCGGCUACUUUGGACCAAAGACGACAGAUUCCACUCCCAAUUCGAAGAGGGGAAAAUUACUACUUUCGAGCCUUACUCAAAAUAUCCAGGAACAGUUCGAGACGUAGCCUUCUGGCUGCCCUCUACAACCUCUCAGCAACAAAUUCACGAAAACGACCUGAUGGAAAUCGUCCGAAAUCGUGCUGGGGACCUCGUCGAAAGUGUUAAGCUCAUUGACGAGUUUCGUCAUCCAAAAACGUCACGCGUGUCCCAGUGUUACCGAAUAAACUACCAAUCGAUGGACAGAAGCUUGACCAAUGAAGAGAUCAACGCUAUACAAGAAUUGGUCCGUACAGACCUGACAGACGAAUUUCAACUUACUUUGAGAUAA